AUGCGUCUGCCCUCCAUCCUCCUGGCAGCGUCUGCGCUCGCACUUCUUGCCAGCGACAGCGCUCUCGCUGCGGUCGCGGGUGCCAGCGAGGGCACGAAGGUCUCCACAAUGGCGUUUCCGGACCUCGACGUGCUAGCUGUGAGCCACAGCGCCAAGAGAUCGCUGCACGACAUCGAACGCGUGGACGAAGACGACGAAGAGAGGUGGGCCGGUGCUAAAUUGUUCAGCGCCGCCAAGCUUGAGAAAGCGAUGAACGACUCCAAGUACGCGGAGACUCUGAUGAUGAGGUGGAAGCGCCACGGAUUCGACAUUGAAGACACAAAAUUAUCACUGGAGGCUUCCAAGUUGAGCAAGGACCCGAGGCUCAAUACUGCGAAGAUCCAAAACGCGUUGGGAGACAGCAACUACGCGAAGACGUUGUUCAGGGAGUGGAAGACCCACGAUCACGAAUCGACUGAUAUACUCAAGAAGCUGAAGGUGCUGGGCCUCCGAAAGGGCGACGGCGACGGCGACAAGCUAUUCAAGAACUACGCGUCUUGGCUCAACAUCCACUACCCGGACCAAAAGGCAAAAGAUCUGGCGAAAGCGAAGCUGUUGUUUGAGGACACGAUGCUCUUGCAGGCGAGGGGUGAUGUCGAAUUAGCUGAGAGACUGUUCAGGGCAUGGAAAACGAGAGGAUUCACUCUCAGCGAGGUCAAGCAGAAGCUGGCGAAGACGCUUGCCAAUAACGAUGGGAAGCUCCUGAAGCAAUACACGGUCUGGAUCAACAAUCAUUUCCCGGUCAAGCCCACGCAAGCGUCUCCCAUCGUCGCCAUUCUGGACCGCGUGGAAGUUGUCUCCGGCGCCAGUGACGGCAGCAACAGCAUCGGUACUGGCGAGGAGACACACGGUAGCGCCAAGAAGCCACAAUAG